ACUCCCGCCCCUCUCUCUCUCUCGCCAUUAAACUAUUCCCAAGCUCCCUUUUCCUCCGUUUCUCUCUUUCUCUCGACCAACAACAUUUCCCCCAUAUUCUCAUAGCUUCCCUCGCCGGGCCUCUAACCGAGAGAAAAAAAAAGAGUGAAUCAGAGAGUUCGGCGGUCCACAGAUAAAAAAGAAAAUCCCUAAAUUGUGCAGAGCAGCGAUGCCGGCGGCAGGGCUAGCGUCCCCGACGCCCGAUCGAGCUCCACCGGCCGCGUUUCCAUCCCUCCAGCCACCGCCUGUGCUAAUGACGACCGAUGCCGCAUUCGCCAAGGACGCGAUCCUCGCCUGGUUCCGCGGCGAAUUCGCCGCCGCGAACGCAAUCAUCGACGCAUUGUGCGGACACCUCGCGCAGCUCGACGGAGGCGGAUUGGAGUACGAUUCCGUCUUCUCCGCCAUCCACAGGAGGCGGCUCAACUGGAUCCCCGUCCUCCAGAUGCAGAAGUACCACUCCAUCGCCGACGUGGCGGUGGAGCUCAGGCGUGUCACGGAGCGGAAGGUACAGGACAAGAACGGCGGGGUUGAAGGCAAGAAGAGUGCUAAUCAGGUGGAGGAGGCCGUCGUUCUGGUGGCGGAGCAAGAGGAGGCCGCCGCCGCCGCGGAUGAGAAAAUUGACGAGAUUGUCAAACCUGCUGCCGCCGCUGUAGCAACGGAGAGUCACCUGAACGGAGGAGCGGAGGUGGAGGCGGCGCCGGAGAAUUCGGCUGAUGACAGUGAUGUUACCGAUGAUUCAGCUUUUCCCCGUUAUGGAACCCAACACAGGUCACAGAGUCUACCACCAACCACAGAACUACUUCCCCUCAAUUCGCAUCUCCUGUUCUCCCCAGCGUGGAACGAACACCCAUUCCGCCACCAACCAGAAUAUGACUUCUCCACCAUUUGCAUCCUUUGUUUUCACAUGAUGUUUGAAGUUGUUAGUUUGCUCCCGGAGCCAUUCCCCAUCACCGCGUUGGUAGGCUGAUGUUUAGAUUUACGGCAAGAACGUCGUGAUUUGACUGCGAUUCCGGUGAGUCCCAAUUCCCAAAUUUAGGAAAUACAAAGUCGUCUAAAUUUUUAGUUACUGUACAGACCCCCAAUUUUAUGUUUGCUCCAGCCUUCCUGUGCACUUCUUUUUAAUUUGAUUUGUAUUCCCAUGUUUUGAUUUUCACUCUUCCUAUUUGGGGUUCUCGACGCAUUCUGAAUUAUAGUGAUUUAUAAUUGGUUUCCAUCCCUAAAUGGUGUUGCUGAUUUUGUCAUUUGAUGUAUCAAGUGAUGGUGUAUGGAGAUUUCAAGAUUGAAAAAAUGUUGUUGCUUCGUCAGCUAUACUCUCUCGGGGUUCCAUGACCCUUUCUAAUUCGACCAAGAACUUCAGCUGCUGCACUCUCUACUGUGACAAAUGGUGAGUGUUUCUUGCAAACCUUAUGAAAUACUGUCUUAUACCUCAAUUGAGCUUUUCUUUGCUGCUAAUUAAAAUUUGCUUAUUGAAUCAGAAAACUUUCUUAUGUUGUAACUCAUUUAUGUUUGUGCCUUUGAAGUAUGUGUAUGUGUAUAUAUAUAUGCAUAAUUGCAGACCAUGAUAGUUUUAUUUACUCUUUACCAUUCACAUAAUCUUUGAUUCAUGUUAAAAAGUCUAUUGCGUAGUUGUGAUUGUUAUUUACUUAUAUACUUAGCUCGAUCUAUUCAACUGAUCCCAGCCCUUAAACCAUAUCUAAUAAUGUGUUAUCAUCUCAACACUUUGAUUACAGAUGGCCGCUUGGCACAAGUCAAAAAAGUCAGUGCAGUGAAGGAAGAUGACAAGCCCUAAUCCUGCUGCAUGCUCAAUUACCCAGACCAUUUUUUCUUGUCUGAAAUAGAAUUAUCGUGCUUUUGUUGAAUCGGUAACGUUCUUUUCCUUCCCUCCCUUUCGUAGAUCUCGCAAACAAAUAGGGUGGUCUUUUUAUUAUUAUCUCAUGAACCAAGUUGAUUAUAGGAAACUAUUACUAUAACUUUAACUUCUGUUCAGAGGAGUGGUUAAUGAUGGUUUUUUCACAUUAAGCCAAUGAACUUUGGAUCAUCAGAAUUUCCCUUAGUCUUUUUCAAUACGUUUCCAAUACGAGUUUGGUCUCUUCUAUCUCCUAGAUCUCUCAAAACUAUAGUUCUCAUCUCUUUUGUCUAUGGAUUCACCACCCUCAAACACGAAACAACCAGGAUCUUGCCCAAGAGAGAAGGGAAGAUCAACCGUUGUUUGGUUAAUUAGUAACUAAACGCGUUUUUGUUUCUUGUUUUCAGUUUUCAUGAUUUAUCAGAUUUAUCAACUAAACAGGUUUGUGUUUUCUGUUUUUUUCCUGUUGUGGUUGUACAUCUGUUUACACAACACCACUGCAACCACAACAGCAACAAAAUGAUACUAAACGGGGCCUAAGUUU